UAUGCUGAGAAUUAUUGUUGGGCCCAAGACACUUACUAUGUGCCUAUGAGCCAAGCUGUUGCUGGUAUGCCUGAUGAUGAUCGCCGUAAACGGCAAAUUAGUUACUACCAGUGGGUACCAUUUUUUCUUCUGGCUGAAGCAGCCUGCUUUCGACUUCCCAGUAUUUUAUGGCAAUAUCUGGCCUGCCAUUCGGGUAUAAAAAUCCAUGAAGUAGUCAAGCUAUCGUCUGAUCCGAACAACAUCAAACCGGAUAUCAAACGAGCAAAUAUAAGAUCGCUCACCGUCCAUCUGCAGCAAAUUCGUCCGCACCGACUAUUUUGGUUUUGCAAUUUGCCAUAUUCGGCAUUUUUUGUUACAUGGAUGUAUUUGUGCACAAAGUUCUUCUACUUGGCAAAUGUGUGCUUACAGCUGUUGCUUAUGAACAAGUUUCUGGAAACGGACAAAUACUCUUGGUAUGGGUUUGGAGCGAUGCUUGAUUUACUGAAUGGUACAACGUGGGAGCAGAGUGGAAUGUUUCCUCGAGUGUCGCUUUGCGAUUUCGACGUUCGUGUGAUGGGAAACGUGCAAGAGCACACAGUCCAAUGUGUACUCAUUAUCAACAUCUUCAAUGAGAAAAUAUUCAUUUUUCUGUGGUUUUGGUAUUUGAUGAUCGCCAUCUUCACUUUGGGUUCGUUCCUGUAUUGGCUUUUCGUUGCGGUCGUACCUCAACCAAAUCGUCGUUUCAUUAAAAGGCAUCUUGAAAUCAGUGAAAUGCCCUUCGAUCCUGUUGAAAGUGAAGGAGAUGUCAGGCGAUUCAUCGAUAACUAUUUGAGAAGCGAUGGCGUCUUUGUGAUUCGAAUGCUUACUCUGCAAUCAGGGGUAAUAUUUGGUACGGACCUUGUGUUAUCCUUAUGGAAGUCGUAUUUCGGCAUCGAAGAAAAAUUGAAACGAAGCAAUUCUAUGCCACAUGUAGCUGAUCCCAUCGAAGAAGAGGUUACACGAUAUUGGCCUCCUCCUCCAGCUCCUGAUCUUAACCGACAACGAAUGCGUAAUGCACUUGGCCAAAAUAUUGACAACUCAUUGGUUAGCCAAGAUAUACUGGAGAGGAUGGUCCCACCGUAUCGAACGUAUGGGUGA